UGGAUGAAUUCCCGCCUUCCGGUUGCUUUGCCUUCUUUGAUUAGCUCGAUCAUCUUCCAAUCAGCGGCGUCAGAAAGUUGUCACCAUGGCGAUGCAGGAAUCCGCUAAAGCUGUCACGUGACUGUCAGCUGACCACAUGGAGACGCCAGCAGCAGUUGUCAACGGAAAUCACAUACUGGAGUUAAAGCUCAGGGUUUUAUUUGCCUUUUUUUAACGCGAUACGUUUUAUUAUUUACACUUUAUAUGUAAUUAAAUGACAGGUCGUUGCCUUCCUAGACACUUAUAAUUAAAAAAAUACUAAGCUGAAAGGACCCAAAAGGUGAGACAAGUAUUUUUGUUUUUACGUCAUAAGCAGUGGCAUUUUAAUGCAAUAGCUUUUCAUGCAAUUCUCUACUUUGCAACAACUAAUUUCAUGAAAAAUACGUCAUUAGUCACCAUCGGAUGCUCUCGUUUAUAUUUGCAGUCUAUAGUUUUGCACAGCAGCAUUUCUAUACAAUAUCUAUGCAAUAUUAUACAGCUUUUGAAAAGUGUUCUGAAAUGGCCAGAUUGUUGGUUAAUUGUGACAAUGUCUGCUAGUAAUUGUCAACUUUCUUACACUUCUGCAGUGUACUAGUUGCAUUGGUGACGUUCCUCAACCAUAGACUGUAAAUGAUUUAUACAGUCUGUGGUUUCAAAGUGUAUCAUAAGAAACUAAAUGUCUGUCUAAUUGAGAAAAAAGAAAACUCCCCUCAGUCGCCCAUUGCAGUCCCAAUACAACUAAACUAAUACUUCUCAAGAAAAUCCUAUUUAUUUUCUCAUUCAACUCUAUCCCUUCCUUUAUCAAUGUGGGAAAGAAAAAAAUAGUCCAAACAGGCCACAAAAAGAAAAGUGAAGCCAAUCAGAUGUCCUCCACUAUACCCUCUGUCCUCCUGAACACGGGGGUUCAGAUGCCCCUCCUGGGUCUGGGGACCUACAAGUUGGUAGGUCCUGAAGAUGUCUACCGGGCUGUGGAUGCAGCACUGGUCGCUGGUUAUCGAUCCUUCGACAGCGCGGCCGUCUACAGGAAUGAAGCUGAAUUGGGCCGAGCGCUCAAGGAGCUCCUGCCUAAGCAUGGCUUAACCAGAGAGGACGUCUUCAUCACCAGUAAGCUGGGCCCCAAGGAUCAGGGUGAGAGAGCCAUGCAAGGCGCCCUUCACAGCCUCUCUCAGCUGGAUUUGGGUUACAUUGACCUCUACCUGAUCCACUGGCCUGGCACACAGGGAAUGGAUGUGACCGACCAACGCAACCCAGGUAACAGAGCUCAGAGUUGGGCCACGCUGGAGGAGCUGCACGCCCAGGGGAAGCUGAAGGCCAUCGGAGUGUCCAACUACACACCAGCACACAUGAAAGAACUGAUACAGAGCUGCAGAACGCACCCUGCUGUGCUACAGGUAGAGUUUCACCCUCAGCUGUGCCAGAGAGAGCUGAGGAGUGUGUGUGAGGAGUACGGAGUGUGUUUCCAAGCCUACUCCUCCUUGGGGAAAGGAGAGCUGACUGCUCACCAUGUAGUCAUGGAGAUAGCAAAGAACUGUGGGCGUACACCUGCACAGGUCCUUAUGCGCUGGGCGGUGCAGCAGGGCGUCCCAGUGCUCCCCAAGUCGUCCAAUCCGGACAGAGUUAAGGAUAAUGCCAGGAUUUUUGACUUCACACUGAGUGACUCAGACAUGGACGGACUUUCGGCUUUGGACUGUGGGCACAAGUACUGCUGGGAUGCAUCACAAGUGGUUUGACGGACCCCUAUUGGAACAAUUGUUAUUCUCCACAGUUAACCCUGGAGGUGGCUGUUCUUCAGAUCUGACUGGCAGUAGAGCCGUAUUGAGAAACCAACAUUACUAAGAGUUGAAAAAUGAAAAAUGAAGACAUUAAUAGCUCAGUUGAUCAAGCUACUUGGCAUUACCAGGAUUUUAAUUGACAAACGCACCUGGCAAAGAAUCAGGGAUUGAAUCAACUGAAAAGACAGAUGCAGCACCAGGUGUCUGAGUGUUAUAGAAAAUGACAAUAGAGAUCUAUUCUAUUUUUUUUUAAAGAUAUUUUUCAGGCCUUUUUUCCUUUACUAGACAGGACAGCUGAAGAGAGACAGGAAAUGUUUUGAGGAGACAGUGGGGGAUGAAAUGCAGCAAAGAGCUUAGGUCGGAUUUAAACCCACUGCAGCUGCGAUGAGGACUGUAGCCUCUGUACAUGGGCCGAAUGACAAAACCGCUAGGCCAUUGGCUCCCUCAAAUCUCUUCUAUUCUUAAGUCAUAUUUUACAUAAAAACCUGAAACACUGAAA